CAGCGCGGAGCCCCGGGACCCCAACGCGGACGCGGGCUCCGGCGAGAAGUUUGCGUUGCGCAAGAAGAAGCCCCCAGAGGUGGGCAAAUACGGCUUCGAGUACAAACCGAAGCGGCCCUGGGACCCCAGCAAUCUGUAUCCAGCACCCAUUCCUCGUGUGUCCUUUUUGGAUCCUUCGGGCGGAGAAGACGAAAGCAUGCAAAAUUCGAAGCGGAAACAGAACCUGAACAAACCCCCCAGCCGGGAAAACGCCAACAACAAGCUUCCGAGCUUCAAGCAUCUCCAGGGAGGGCAGAUCACGCCGGCGGUAUCGAGUGUGACCGGGCACCUCCCGCACGUGAUCGAGGGCCCCACGAGCCGCGCCUCCUCCAGCUCUUCCACGAGGUGGCGGCAGACUGGUCCGGCCAAGAGCGAACUCGAUAUGCUGAUCGAAACCACCAAGCGGGACAUGAGCUACGGCGACAUGGUGCGGCGCAGCGCCUCGAAGGAAGAAGCAGAUGCAGAGCAAGAAAGCAACGCGUCCUCUUCCAAGGAGGCGGGUGGUGCAGCGGGUCAGUCGUCCUCGCAACUGCAAACCAUAGUCGAGAACGUGAUGAAGGAGGAUCCGGCCGCCACGGCCGAGGAACUGUCGGACCUGGUCACCGCUGCCGUGAUUGAGAACAGUCUGAAUCAGCUCGCGGACGCCGAAAACGCGGAGGUUCGCGUCGGGCAGGACCUGCUGGAAGUAAGCUUGCAGGAAGCGAUGGACCGGCUGCUGCAGGAGGACCGCGAGAGCGUGCGCGGCGACGACAGUCGCCCCUCUACGGCCAACGUGUCGCAGCACCAGUCCGCACAGAUGAACAAGACCAGCACCAACACCUCGAAGUCCAAACAAAAUAAGCCUUCGAUGUCGCAGAUGCGUGUCAGCUUCUACCCGGAGACGGUGCCGGAGACUAUCGCUCGGGAGUACAAGGAGACGGAAGACUACCGGGAUCGAAUUCUCACGCUGGGGAGUCACCUGGGACCCUACGCGCGGGGCCAUUUGGUGACUGCGGAGAAUAACGACAGCGUGAACACCGUCCUGAAUACCAGGAAGGGGGGCAAAAAGGCGCGGAAACCCAUCAAGAGCAUGGUCGAUCUGUAUGUGCUGCCCAAGCUCUACCCCACCAACGCCGUCGGACAAAAGGCCGGGCGCCAAGUCGUCGGAACGAGACAAAACUGGUCCACUCCCGGGCAGCGUGAGGUCAUGUUCUAAUCGAUCCUAAAGAAAAUAAUCAGCACGUCGUCGUUGUGGUGAAUGAAAUGUGGGUCACCACGUCAGUUCACACGACUGACUGCUUGGCUUUUCGUGUGGACCUUUUUAUUCCACACCGUGUAGAAAUGAACAACGAGGACUCCUCUUUGCGUUUCAAAAUUAAAUGUCCGUGGAUGUCUAGUACUUCCAUUGCCUUUUUUAUGGUUCAACAAAUGCAUUCAACCGCAAUAUAACAUUUACAGAUUAAGCUUUUUCCAAUAUACGUUUCUGACAACAGCUGGCUGGUUAAUUUCACUCAAAUGCAAGCUAAUUGUCGGCCAGGGCGGCAGCAGCCGCCCACCGGCCUAUAGACGCCGAGUGUCUAAAUUAGAUGCAAAACCAAAAGGAAUCAUAAGUGCGAAAAAGCAAGUUUCAGAUAGAUUUUUGAACACCUGUACUAGAGCUGCAUUCCUGUAUUCCCCCAUUGAUGCAACUAUUUGGUUCCCAUUGAAAUCACAUUGAAAGCUGUGCUUUGAAGAACGAAGUGGACUUUCGUGUACAAAG